AUGCAAGUCCAGGGCUGCCGCAGCUACACUGCCGUGGACUCCAGUCGUGCGCCGCGCGACCUGAGGGAGGUGAAGAGCGCCCGGCCCAGCGCCGAGGCACGCCAGCAGCUGAAGGAGGAUCUCCAAAGCUUUUGGGCCGAGCUGAAACGCCUCCGGCGCAGGCGGAGUGGAAGCCCCAAUCGAAGAGGCCGCCGUCGUCGCCGACGGCGCCGGGGCCGCGAGUUGGAAGAGGAGCCCAAGGAAGGCCGCAGCUCCUCAAGCAGCCGGACCCAUGCGCAGCGCUACCAAAGCCGCAGCUGUAGCCGAAGCAGAAGUCACCGGAGCAGCCGCUCUCGGAGCCGGCGGAAGAAAAAGAUCCUGUGA